UAGGUCUCCGCCAUACCCGUGUUGCACAACAAAGAUGGCGUACACAGGCGAUUCAAACGCAACAAUGAGAGACGUGAAGAGGGUCCAGUUCGGCAUUCUGAGUCCAGAUGAAUGUCGGCGUAUGUCCGUUACCGAAGGGGGUAUCCGAUAUUCAGAGACAAUGGAAGGUGGACGUCCCAAACUUAAUGGGUUGAUGGACCCUCGACAGGGAACUAUAGACAGAACAUCCAGAUGUCAGACCUGUGCUGGCAAUAUGUCUGAAUGUCCAGGUCACUUUGGUCACAUAGAAUUGUCAAAACCAGUUUUCCAUGUUGGAUUUUUCACAAAGACUAUUAAAGUGCUGAGAUGUGUGUGUUUCUUCUGCUCAAAAUUGUUGGUGGACCCGACAAAUCCAAAAAUAAAAGACAUUCUGGCCAAGUCAAAGGGGCAGCCUAGAAAAAGAAUGGCCCAUGUGUAUGAAUUAUGUAAAGGGAAAAAGAUCUGUGAGGGAGGAGAUGAAAUGGACACAAAAUUGGGAGAACAACAAAAUCGAGAGGGUGAUGAAGAAAAAACGGGCCAUGGUGGUUGUGGUCGCUUCCAACCUCGCAUCAAAAGAACAGGUUUGGAACUGGUAGCAGAAUGGAAACACGUCAAUGAAGAGAGUCAAGAGAAAAAAAUAAUGCUGACAGCAGAGAGAGUUCACGAGAUAUUCAAAAGAAUAUCAGAUGAGGAGUGUCUGGUGAUGGGAAUGGAGCCAAAGUUUGCUCGUCCAGACUGGAUGAUUGUCACAGUGAUGCCAGUACCACCUCUAUCAGUUAGACCAGCUGUUGUCAUGUUUGGUGCAGCAAGAAAUCAG